UUGGCGAAUCCAAUGCUGCUUUAAUUAGUAUUGUUGCCUUCCUAAAAUCUUAGCCCCUACACAACAGAUCCUCCUUCUUAGGGCCCUCUCAUUUCCUCUCACACAACACACGUACAGGAUUUCACUGUUGAACCUGUAAAGAUUUGCUCAAGUUUGGAGUUGGGUGAGUUCAAGAAUCAGUUCAAUUGACAGAAAGAUUGAAUCUUUAGCUGUAGUUUUGUUGUGAAGGGUAAUGUUAGCCUAAAUUUUGAGUUGGUGGCAGAAUGGAGACUCAGAAGAGUGAUACUGAUAACAAGAUAGAUGAUUAUGAAGUGUUAGAACAGUUGGGAAAAAGAACUUUUGGAACUGCAUUUAUUGUUCUCCAUCGAACUGAGAAGAAGAAGUAUGUUUUGAAGAAGAUACCAUUAGCAAAACAAACAGAAAAGUCCAAGCGCACUGCACAUCAGGAGAUGAAUUUGAUAGCAAAACUAAACCAUCCAUAUAUGUUUGAGUACAAAGAUGCUUGGGUGGACAAGGGAAGUUGUAUAUGCGUGGUAGCCGAUUAUUGCGAAGAUGGAAAUGUGUGAGUGAUUAUCCCUGAUUUUGCUAACAUUUCCCUUCACUACUAUAUUUUCUUUUCAAACCUGCUUAUAUGCUUUACUUGAGCCGAGGGUCUAUCGGAAACAGUCUCUCUACCUUCACAAGGUAGGGUAAGGUCUGUGUACACACGACCCUCUCCAGACCCCACUUGUGGGAGUAUAUAUAGAGUUUUUAUAGUGAAAAUUAUUUUUAAGAUGUCCGGAACUUUGGCUGUUAAAGAGUUAACUGUUUGCUCUCCAAAUAGUAAUAGUGCCACUAAAAAUAGAGGGGGUAAUGAAGUUGAAAAUAAGAAAUGAAUAGGAUGAUUAUAGAAUUUCUUUUCGGUGUAAUCUGAGGAUAGUGGCAUAUUUUCUUUUUCCCGGUAUUCA